UCCCAGGAAGACACAGCAGAGCGAUGAAGCUUCUAUUGCUGCUGGCUGUGGGGCUGGACCUGGCCUGGGCCCAGCAGGACCAAAGCCAGGUUCCCGUGCAACAGGGCUUCAGCUCUGAUCAGGUGACAGGGGCCUGGAAGACCCUCAAUCUGGCUUCCACUAACCGGUCUGUCAUUGAAGAAGGAGGUGCUUACCAGUGCUUCAUGACUGGUAUUGUCCGCCUGGCCAACGGCAACCUGAAUGUUACCUACUUUCACAGGAAAGAUGGAAAGUGCGUGAAGGAAUUUCUCGUGGCAGAGAAAACGGACAUCCCUGGACGCUACACCUUUGAGUACCAAGGCAAAAACUAUCUGACUUUCGUGGCCGUCACUAAGGACUUCCUCAUCAUGGACUACGAAAACCAUUAUGAAGGAAAUAUCCUCAUUGUGGCUGAGCUCCAUGGCAGGACUCUGCUUUCAGGUAAACUGGGAUUGGUGGCCUAUUUGAAGCACACAGCCAGAAGAGGCAUUGGAGCAGGCAACAUUGUGGAUGUGUCCUUGGAUCCUUGUAACAGUGCCUGAGAUCAGACCGCCGGACAUCUGCCGCCCUCAAGUCCAGGCCUGUGCAACCCAAGAGUCAGCGCUGUCCAUGGCCUCCGUCUCCUGACAUUCUUGAUCAUCAUCUCCUAUCCAUUCAUCAACUCCGAACCACCCUUCCCUGUGUAGCAAAUAAACCCAGCAUCCGCUCAUG